UUCAGAGCCCAGAUUUCUGAGGACUCCGUCCUGGAAACAACUGAGGGACGUUUCUGGAGGCGCAAGAUACAGAAUCUCUUUGUGAGGCCAAAAAGCAGCACACCGCUUAAGAUCCGGGCAGCCUUCAACGCUGGCAGUGGUGACCUCGCCCGACACCUGGGAAAUGCGGGUCCUUGGGGUUUACAGCGCCCACCAGCUCCGGGCUGUGCCGUGGCUCACAGACGCCAGGCCCUGAGCAGCGUCCGCCGGGACCCCCACGGCAGCCCCCCCAGCCCACAAGCGUUUGCUGCCCGGGCCCGCUCUGCAGUGCGCAAGGAUGUGUGCCCCCAUCGGGGGGCUGCUUGCCGCCCUGGCCAUGGUAUUGGGAAUGGCGGUGGCCUUUGCACCCAAGCCCCGGAUCACCUGGGAGCACAGAGAGGUGCACCUGGAGAAGUUUCACGAGCCGGGCAUCUUUAACUACUCGGUGUUGCUGCUCAGCGAGGAUAAGACCACCCUGUACGUGGGGGCCCGGGAAGCCGUGUUUGCCCUGAGUGCGCACAAUGUCUCCGAGAAGCAGCAUGAGGCAUACUGGAAGGUCUCAGAAGAUAAAAAAGCAAAAUGUGCCGAGAAGGGGAAAUCAAGACAGACGGAAUGCCUCAACUACAUCCGAGUGCUGCAGCCGCUCGGCCCCGGCGCCCUGUACGUGUGUGGGACCAACGCGUUCCAGCCGGCCUGCGACCACCUGGAUUUAACGUCCUUUCGAUUCCUGGGGAGACGCGAGGACGGCAAGGGCAGGUGCCCCUUUGACCCCGCGCAGAGCUACACGUCCGUCAUGGUUGAUGGGGAGCUGUAUUCCGGGACCUCCUACAACUUUCUGGGAAGUGAGCCCAUCAUCUCCCGAAACUCGUCCCACAGCCCUCUGAGGACGGAGUAUGCGAUACCGUGGCUGAACGAACCGAGCUUCGUCUUCGCGGACGUGAUGCGAGAGCGUCCAGACGGCCUGGACAGCGGGGAUGACCGCGUCUACUUCUUCUUCACCGAGGUGUCUGUGGAGUACGAGUUUGUGUUCAAGCUGAUGAUCCCGCGGGUGGCGCGAGUGUGCAAGGGGGACCAGGGCGGCCUGCGGACCUUGCAGAAGAAGUGGACGUCCUUCCUCAAGGCCCGGCUGAUCUGCUCGCGGCCGGACAGCAACCUGGUCUUCAACGUGCUGCAGGACGUCUUCGUGCUCCGGGCGGAGGGCCUGAAGGAGCCGGUCAUCUACGGGGUCUUCACCCCACAGCUGAACAACGUGGGGCUGUCGGCCGUGUGCGCCUACCACCUGUCCACGGCCGAGGAGGUCUUCUCGCGCGGGAAGUACAUGCAGAGCACCACGGUGGAGCAGUCGCACACCAAGUGGGUGCGCUACAACGGCGCGGUGCCCGCGCCCAGGCCCGGGGCGUGCAUCACGCGCGAGGCGCGGGCCGCCAACUUCUCCAGCUCCCUCAGCCUGCCCGACAAGACCCUGCAGUUCGUCAAGGACCACCCCCUGAUGGACAGCUCCGUGACCCCGAUAGACAACAGGCCCAGGCUCAUCCGAAGCGACGUGAACUACACGCAGGUCGUGGUGGACCGGACCUGGGCUCUGGAUGGGACCCCCUACGACGUCAUGUUUGUGGGCACAGACCAGGGCACCCUGCACAAAGCAGUCAGCCUGGAGAACGAGGCCCACAUCAUCGAGGAGACACGGCUCUUCCAGGACCUCGAGCCGGUCCAGACGCUGCUGCUGAAUUCUCAGAAGGGCAGGAAGUUCGUCUACGCGGGCUCCAGCUCGGGCGUGGUGCAGGCCCCCGUGGCCUUCUGCGAGAAGCACACCACUUGCGAGGACUGCGUGCUGGCCCGCGACCCGUACUGCGCCUGGAGCCCGGCCAGCCAGGCCUGCGUGGCCCUGCACCUGCCGGACAGCCACAGCAGGGAUCUGAUCCAGCGGAUGAGCGGAGACACGGCCGGCUGCCCCAAUAAAACUAAAGAAAGUUUCCGGCAGCAUUUUUUCAAGCACGGCGGCACGGCAGAACUGAAAUGCUCCCCGAAGUCCAACCUGGCCCGGGUGGUGUGGACAUUCCAGAACAACGAGCUCAAGGUCGAGGGCCCCAAGUACGGCCUGGUGGGCAGGAAGGACUUGCUCGUCUUCAACCUGUCGGAGGGAGACAGCGGGGUGUACCGGUGCCUGUUGGAGGAGAGGCUCCAGAACAGGACGGUGCUGCAUGUGGCGGCCAGGCAUGUUCUGGAGGUCAGGGUGCCCCCACAGACCCCCGCGGCCCCCACCACGCCGGCCGCCCACGCCGAAGGGGACAGGACCCCCCUCAGAGUGUCAGCGGAGCCCACCCCGGGCCCCCCAGCCCAGACGCCGGUGGUGCUGGGCCCUGCACUGGGGGCCAUGGCCCCGCCGCCCAGCCCCACGCCCAGCAGCACGCCGUGCAAACCCAAGACCGUGGUGAACACGGUGCCGCAGGUGCACUCGGAGAAGACCGUGUAUCUCAAGUCCAGCGACAACCGCCUGCUCAUGGUCCUCUUCCUGCUCUGCUUCGUGCUCUGCCUCGGCCUCCUGUCCUACAACUGCUACAAGGGCUACCUGCCCGGCCAGUGCCUCAAGUUCCGGUCUGCCGUGCUGCUAGCGAAGAAGCAGCCUGCGGCCGACUUCUCCGAGUUCGAGCAGAGCGUGAAGGAGACGCUGGUGGAGCAAGGCAGCUUCUCCCAGCAGAAUGGGGCGCAGCCGCGGCCAGCCCUGGACACGGGCUACGAGACGGAGCAGGACACCACGGCCAGCAGGGCGCCCACCGACAGGGAGGACUCGCAGCGGCUCGAUGACCUCCCGGGCCGGGACAGGCCCUUUGAUGUCAAGUGUGAGCUCAAGUACGCCGACUCGGACGCGGACGUGGACUGAGGCAGCCGCACGGAGGCCCCGGUCGGCGUCGCAUGCCCGGCCCCAGGGCGGUGUGGGGAGCCCGUGUCUGUGCACCUGCUUCUGUGUCUCUUCCCUCGGGUCGAGCUUGUGAGUUGGUUUCUUUGUCCUUUUGGAAAGCGGCGAGCAUUGCACCGGCCUCCUGCGGUGGGCCACGGGCGGGGACAGGCCCGCGGGCUACGGUGGCGGCUCCCCUCUGCCCCUGCUCCCCGCCGCCCCUCGCGCCUCUGGUGCCCCCCAACCCCCCGCCCCAGAGCAGCAGCCACUGAAAGAUUGUUUCGUUCCAGAUUGGAAAUGACAUUUGUGUUUAUCAGAUUGGUAACUUAGCGCCUGUUGUCCAGAUUGGCACGAACCUUUCCUUCCACGGGAUUAUUCUGUAGGGUUUUACUUUUUUUGUGUUGGGUCGUUUGGUUUUUAAGUCACUAAAGUAGAUGUUUUCAAGUUUAGAAGUCGCACAUCUUCCGGUUUCUGUUGCGAGGACAGGCUCCAGCUUAUUACGUUGCUUAUGAUUCUCAGGGAUAAACCUACUUUGGCCACAUGCGUUCCUCCUGCUUCCAGAAACAUGGACAAAACCAUCUCUUGAGCACACCGGUAUUUUUUUUUUCUUUAAUUUUAUUCCUUGAGGGAAGUGUCAUACUCAGAGAGAUUUCCUUUCUGUACUUUUUCUGUUUUAAUUCUUUUGAAGAAGAGAGGCCAGUGGGUGGCUGUUCUAUGAGCCUGGCCGGGUCCCCAGGAUCAGAGGAGCCGCCUGUGUUGCCAUCGGAUGCUCACAGCCGCUGCUCGAAAACUCCUGUGCAGACGGACAGACGGACGUCCACCGGGGCACCUUCCGCCAUCCGCGCGGCUUCUGUAACUGUCGCUCCCGCGCGGCCGCUGCCCACGGGACGCCCCGCUCCACCGGCCAGAGCCGGCCCCACCUGCGCGCGAGCUGGGCGGCGGCAGCCACACAGGCCAUCUCUCCGCACACGCCACGGAGCCGCAGGGUGGCCCACGCGGCUGGCGCGGUCUCUCUCGGCGCGCACGGGAAGGACGGUGUGGCCGCGGCGCUGUCACGGCGCACCUGCUACUGUGUGCGCUGGAGGCGGUGGCGCGCUUGUCAUAGCGGGGAGCAACACGGAUUUCUGUGCCUGCGUGGACAGUGUCCUCUUCAGCAUGAGACUGAACCGUUUUGGUGUAAACAUUUGUGUUUUAUAAGAUUUACUUUGUUUUUAUUUUUCUACUUUGAAUUGUAUACAUUUGAAAAAUAACCGAAUAAACGAGAACCUUACAUCCUUGA